AUGGUUGGGCAGAAGCUGAUGGUGUGGUGCGGAGUGGCGACGGGCGCGUGCCUGUGUGGGGGCGCGGGCGCGGUGUGGGGGGGCGCGGCGGGCUGGUGGGCGGGGGGCGCGCUGGCCGGCGCCGUGUUCGCGGACUCGGCGGGGCUGCAGCCUGCACCAUACGCCAUGCUGGCGGACGCGUUCGAGUACGAGUUCCGCGAGUGCGCGGUGAUGUUGGUGAGCGCGGCGGCGUGGGCCGGCAACGCGGUGGAGGUGUUGGUGUUCCCGCUGGUGGCGCACGGCGCGGGGCUGGCGCCGACGCUGGCGCUGGCGGCGGCGCUGACGCUGGCGCUGGCGACGUUCGCGGCGCUGGCGCUGCCCGAGACCCGCGCCCGCACGCCGCUCCAGAUAUACGACGCUGUUUGCCCGCCGCCAGCGGAGCCUUGCACUACUCUCCACUCGGUCGCAUGCAGUAAGGCGACGAGUACUAAAAUGUGA